AUGAGAAUUGAGACGUGCUACUUCUGCUCAAGCCCCGUCUACCCGUCCAAGGGCAUCACCUUUGUGCGAAAUGACGCCAAGAGCUUCCGCUUCUGCAAGAGCAAAUGCCACAAGAACUUCAAGAUGAAGCGCAACCCGCGCAAGCUGGCCUGGACAAAGAGCUUCCGCCGCGCACACGGCAAGGAAAUGACUGUCGACUCUACCCUCACCUUUGCUCAGCGCCGUAACGUGCCCGUGCGCUAUAACCGCGACCUUGUCCAGACGACACUCAAGGCCAUGGGCCGUGUAUCCGAGAUCCGCGCCAGACGAGAGCGCGCCUUUUACAAGGCCCGUAUGCGCGGUAACAAGCAGCGCCAGCGCGAGGAAGACCGCAAGCUGGUCCUGGAAAACCAGCACCUGCUGCCACCCAGCGAGCGAUUUUCCAAGGAGGAGCUUGAGCAAAUGCAAGGCGAGCCCGAUGUCCAGACGAUCAAGGACAAGGUUGCUGCCAGGAGGAAGGAGCUUGAGGCGGAAGAGAGCGAGCUUAGUGAUGUCGAGGAAGAGAUGCUACCCAAGACUAAGAGCAAGAGGAAGAUGAAGAUGAAGGUCGGAGGUCGCGGUGUCGAGGCCAUGGAUGUUGACGAAUAG